AUGUCUCUAAAGUGUUCUGGUUUAUAUCUUGCUCAAUUCCGGUUCACCUCACCCCAUCUUUUGGCUGGUGGUGAUGGCUCAAAGAAUGCUGUCAUUGUUGGUGAUGUUUAUAUACAUCCAUCAGCAAAAGUACAUCCAACUGCUAAGAUUGGUCCCAAUGUCUCUAUAUCUGCAAAUGCUCGUAUAGGACCAGGUGCAAGACUCAUCAGUUGUAUCAUCCUAGACGAUGUUGAAGUCAUGGCUGAAGGGGAAUACAAUGCCAAGCUUGGGAUUACAAUCCUUGGCGAAGCUGUUACUGUUGAAGAUGAGGUAGUGGUGGUUAACAGCAUUGUCCUCCCAAACAAGACACUCAAUGUCAGUGUUCAGGAGGAAAUUAUUUUGUAG